CGAAAAUUGUAUAAUUUAGUGCCGUUUUUGGGCUCAGCAGGGCGAAAAAUGGGCCCGGUCUAGUGAAUUUGCUUUCGCCGUGUUGGCUGCGGGUCAGUAAAUGACGUAAAAAUGGCAUACAACAACAAAAACAUGCAAUCCAGCGAUGUUUUGAAUUAUUAUUUAACCAUGAACAUCAACAACAUUUGCCGAAUCUGCCUGGAACGCAACCCCAAACUGAUGCCGAUUUUCGACCCCAUCAAGCCCCCGCACUUCUCCAUCCUGAUCAUGGCGUGCGCUUCCGUUCAGGUGCUCGAAGACGACGGUCUCCCGCCCUACAUCUGCCAGAAAUGCAUUUCCAAACUAAACAUUGCAUUCCAAUUCAAGACUCAGUGCGAAUCUUCGGACGCCAAACUGCGGCAAUGCUUCCAGAACUUCCACAAUUUGCCCUCAGCGCCCGACUUGACCGGCUUCAUCGACGUGAAAAAAGACGAACAGUUGGUCACCUUCCCCGAAAGCGCCAACAACAACACAAAUCAAUUGGAACAAGUCCAAGUCAGUGACAGCAUCCAGGACACAGCGAACUUAGCGGAAAACAUUGAACAACCCCAACUGCAACCCCUGCAAAACGUGAACAUCGAACCCACGACUUCGCUCCACGACCUCGACAAAAACACCCUGACUGAGCUCAAAAUCGAGUUCACCGAUUUGAAGCACCAGGACAUUGACUUGAAGGUGGAGGAUUUGAUUGGGUUGAACCAGCCAUCCAAAGCGGCCAAAAAAGCCACCAAACAACACCAGUGCGACACUUGUGGCAAGGUUUUCCGCACGAAACCUGGCCUAAUCCACCACAUUCGCAUCCACACGGGGGAGCGGCCCUACGUGUGCCAUUUGUGCGAUAAGCGGUUUAUCAACGGGGGGCACCUGCACACGCACAUGCGGACCCACACGGGGGAGAAGAACCACAUCUGCGCCGCCUGCACCAAAGCCUUCGCCACUGCCCAACAACUCACAAAACACACCAUCGCCAUACACACGUCGGAGCGGCCCUACGGGUGCACCUACUGCCCUAAGAGGUUCGCCAGUUCGAGUAAUCUGAACACGCAUACGAAGAUCCACACUGGGGAGAAGAACUAUCGGUGCGAUCAGUGCGGGAAGGCGUUUUCGACCAAGGGACAGUUGUACCAACACAUGCUGGUGCAUACGGGCGAAAAGGCCUUCCUGUGCGAGUAUUGCAAUAAGAGGUUCUCGCAGAAGGCGCAUCUGAUUAGGCAUCUGAAGACGCAUAAGAACCAAUGAUCUGGUGGGAAGAUUGCUUGAGGUUCGUAAAGAAAUUCGACUGAUUUUUAUAAAAUCUUUUCGAUUCAUGUUUAUAUUAAACAAAACAAUCAUGACGAAGGUGAUAGAAAAGUAUUAAUCAAAUGGUAUAUUUAUGCGUGAUAUUUUUGCGCCAUUGAUUGUCACGAAAAACGAAUCAUUUAUGUCGCUUUCAACAUCACAAGUAUUUACGGCAAAUGAUGUAAUCAUAGCGUAAGCAUGUACAAUAAUUUUGAAGAAUAACGAUUCUUACAAGACAA